AUGUCACGACUAGAAGGGCUCUUAGACUUGGUUUCGACUACUUUGGGGGUUAUUCCACUCAGAAUCUUCAAUCAAGAUACUUCCCAAGUGGUUAACUAUCCUUUCAUCGAUGAAAUCUUUCACGUCAGACAAGCCCAGGCCUUCUGCGAAGGUGAUUGGUCAUAUUGGGAUCCCAAGAUUACCACACCACCUGGUUUAUACUUUUUGGCUGCCUUGUACUCUCGCAUUGGCGGAGUAGACUGCGAUCUUAUCAAUUUGAGAACACUCAAUUUCAUUGGAGGGCUCACUAUCGCCAUUAUCACCUUCUAUCUAAGGACCAAAGUGAAGAAUCCCGGCUUUCUUACCCUUUCCAUCUUUAUGUGCCCUCUUUUGGCCAUAUAUUAUGCUCUUUUCUACACCGAUGUUUGGUCAACUUGUUUAGUUUUGUUAUCUUACACUCUAGCUGUCACACGUCCUUUCAGCUCAGACUUUCUCAAUGCUUCAAUCUCCGCUUUGUUCGGACUCUUUUCCGUCUUUCUGAGACAAACCAACAUAGUCUGGACAGCUUUUGCAAUGAUAGCUUUGAUGGAAUCACGUGAUAUUGCAUCAACACAUCCGGACACCAGAACAAUACACCGCCUUAAAUCAUUUUUAAGUACGACUUCGAGGAACUGGUAUCUAUUAGUUCCAUACGUCAUUGUUGCUUUGUUAUUUGCUUACUUUGUCGUUAUCAAUGGAGGAAUAACCCUUGGAGAUAAGCAAAAUCACCAGAUGUCAUUACAUCUAAUGCAGAUGUUUUACUGGGUAUUCUUUACUGCCCUUUUCACUGCUCCACUCUGGUUCUCUAUUGGGAUUAUGACGGAUUACAUUAAACACAACUUUCUAACUGUGAAGGGACUUUUUUUCAACUCAAUCUGGAUUCCUUUUAUUGGUUUAAUUGUUCAUAACUAUACGAUCAUUCAUCCGUUCUUGCUUGCCGAUAAUAGACACUAUACAUUCUAUUUAGUGAGAAGAUUGAUUGCACGUGACCAGAUAUCACGUUACCAACUUAUUCCUGUCUAUCAUUUCACCUGUUAUGUACUUUAUCAGUUGAUGAAACAGUGUACCACCAGGUUAUCGCCAUCCAACUCUUCCGUUGUGAUGUUUAUAGCCUUGCUAUGCUCCACUGCAUUGACCAUAGUGCCAUCUCCUUUGAUAGAGCCGAGAUAUUACAUAGUACCAUUUGUGUUUUUCCGACUACUAAUCAACCCAUCCAUACAGCCAAUUGUUCCUAUUUUUUGGUUUAAGAGAUACAAUAGGACGAUUCGAUUGAUAUUAGAGCUCACUUCAUUCACUUCGUUCACUACUCCUCCACUCACACUUCGCUCACUUCGUUCAUCAAUAUCCAAAGUUUCUCGAGGUUCUAUUCCAGCUCUCUUUCUGAACUCAGACCUCGACGCUGAGUCUUGGCUCAACCACAUCAAACAAGAGAUGGAUGAUUUCAAAGAUGUUGGUGGCUUUUCUUUAUUGUAUGGUCAAUUGAGACAUAGUGAUCACGGUAUAAUGCCUCUCUAUAUCUUUUCCAACCGUUAUAAGGAGACUGUUAGUGUGUUCAAUCAUUCUGAUCAAUCAAAAUUAGACUCCUCCUUCCAUCAAAUCCAAUUCUAUAAAACUUUAGGGUUAUCUAACUCUCCAUUUCUACAACCUUGGCCCAAAGUAACCCAUGGUAAAAAUCUAUUGGACAGAGCUGUUCAACAGGCCAUACAAAAUAACUGGUCUCAACAACAAUUGGUCUCUAAACUACUAGAUAUACUUUCUACUGCAAAUCCACCAGACCCGGAAACAUGGCUCAAAUAUCGCUUUGAAGACGGCUUUAACCAGAUGGUCAAAUCAAUAUUUAUUCCACCCAUCCAAAAACCUGCUCAAGCAAACUUAACCUUGGCUAGAAUUACCAGUAAUCCAUCUCUUACUGGUAAAUACUAUGGCACCAGAACUCAGACUGUCAUACUUGUCGACAAGAACGGCAAUGUCACUUACAUCGAGAAGAAUUUACACACUGGUGAAUGCUUGUAUGAGGUGCCAACCAUAACCAAGUUCCAGUUCCAUAUACAAGCACUCAACAUAGUCUUUGUGCAAACCAUGUCCAAACUUUCUCAGGCCGAUUUUCAACUCAAUGUCGUGAAUAGAUAUACUGACGUCAUUGGCGCUAAACUAGGAGGAAAAGUUCUAGCUACUUCCAAUGAAUGGUUUGCAGUUGCUGAAAACUUGAUUAAAUCAUCUUCUCCAAUCAGAGAUGCCACCAAAUUCACCUACGCUGGUGCCUGGUACGAUGGAUGGGAAACAAGAAGACACAACCCAGAAGAAGCCGAUUGGGUAGUAUUCAAAAUGGGUGUUGCCAGUGCUACUUUGGUGGGCUGUGAGGUAGAUACCGCUUUUUUCAACGGUAAUCAAGCCCCAUUCAUUAGUGUUGAAGCUACUACACUUGACGACGAUUCUAAUUACGGAGAUUCAACCGUUUGUUGGGAUUCUGUCAUCCCCAAAAUGGCCUGUGGUCCUUCUCAGAAGCAGUUCUUUGCCAGACCAGACCCUACAGACAAAGCAUAUACUCAUGUCAGAUUAAGAAUGUACCCAGAUGGAGGAAUUGCCAGAUUCAGACUUUACGGUAAGGUUUAUCCAAUUAUUCCAUUGGAUGUUUCCACUAUAGUUGAUACUGCCUCAUGCUUGCAGGGAGGAGUUUGUGUUCGUACAUCUGACGAACAUUUUGGCUCAGCAAGUAACCUAUUACUUCCAGGAAGAGGCCAUGAUAUGUCCGAUGGUUGGGAAACUACAAGGUCACGUAGCUAUGGUCACCGUGACUGGGCUAUUAUUAAGCUUGGAUUUAGGACUCAAGUGGAGAAGAUAGUUGUUGAUACGGCCUACUAUCGAGGAAAUUACCCUGAAUACAUUUAUGUUGAAGGUAUUGACAGUGAUAAAGAGGUUGUAGGAGCAGACGAUUCAUCGUGGGAGCAAAUCGUUGACAAAUCAAAGACCGAAGCGGAUAAAGAGCACGGGUAUGAGAUACUUAGCUCCAAUAGCUACACCCACGUCAAGUUGAUAAUGAUUCCAGAUGGAGGAAUAAAGAGAUUAAGAGUUUUUGGUAAAAUAUAUACUAUAUAA